CUCAAAAGAUAAAUAUAUAUCUUUAUUCUGUAAAGCACUGCCAUUGAUGACUUGAAAGUGAUAGGAAUCCACAUCGAUUCCAAAGUCGAAAUUUAGGCAAUUCCUACCUUCCUAAACUGCAGAAACCAUUACGCACAGAUCGCUUGCCAUCCCACAGGUUAUUUUUAUCCUAAGGGAGAGAAUUUAACACUGCCAUAGAGGUAGGAUUAUGAGUUCCAAAAUCUUUAUCAAAGCGGACACUAGUGUUAUACAUUUCCAUUGCAGUCACUGGAACAAAGGAUUCUUCAGCAGCACAACAAAUUGCAGAAAAACUUUACUCGUUAAAUUUUGAUCUGGAAGUCUUAAAUCCAGCAUCAGAUUAACAGUAAAAAUGGUUUAUCACUCAUCGUUUGUAAAUGAAGAAGGAAUUGCUGAAGCUUGUGGAUGCCCUUUGCUUCCUUUAAAAAGCCACAUUAAGGGGCCUGCUCCAACUUCUGAUCCAGGUGGAACCGAUAUAGUUGAUGAGGCCAUCACAUUCUUCCGUGCCAAUGUCUUCUUCAGGAAAUUUGAAGUCAAAAGCCCAGCAGACAAGCUUUUGAUUUAUUUAACGCUGUAUAUCAACAUGGCCUUGAAACGGCUAGAUGGCUGCAGAACUUUGGCAGAGGGUACAAAAGCUAUCAUCAACUUGGGCCUGGAGAAAGUGCCAGUCCCUGGAGAGCCUGGCUUUCCUUUUGGAGGACUUUUUGCUGUACCCCAGUCACAACAAGAAUCUGAGUUAUUUCGUAAUUAUCUUAAACAAGUAAGAGAAGAAACCAGCGGAAGACUAUUGAGUUGUGCAUACCGGCCAAAUGGUACUCCGAACAAAUGGUGGCUUGCAUUUGCUAAGAGAAAGUUCAUGAAUAUUGUAAUUCCAACAUGAGCUUUCUCUCAAACUGGAAUUAGACCACUUUGGAAUCAAUUAUAAUUUUGUGACACUGACUAUUGGCACCUCUAUAUUCUGCCAGCCUCCAAAAAUGUCAAAUGCAUGCAUACUUUUGGUUGGACAUUUAGCAAAGACAGUUUAAAGAUGUCAUUCCUCAGAUUUUUUCUAUUUGUCUUCAAACUAUUGUUAAAUAAAUUCAAUGUGCGUUAUUAUGUUAA